AUGGAAGAUGAAAUAGUUCAACAUAUGGCGCUAUUUGUCUCAUUAGACGGAUUUCAUGGCUCCGUGUUUGCUGGACAGACAUUUCUCCCACAACCAAGAAAUGAGCUACAUUCACUGGCUGACCGAGAAGUAACACAUGUAGAGUUGCACCCAUGGAUACUGGGUUUGGGAUUGAUUCUCGUUGUCACAUCUUUUUCACAUAGAUUCUACGCUCUAAGAAUGAUCAGCUGUAGUAAUCAGCCAGUUCAGUUUGUUUUCAUUGCAUUACAUCACGCAUUAGGCCAUUUGUUGUAUCCUUAA